AUUAGUUCUUCCGUGGGUGGGCUCAGUGAGCGCCGGCCUGCUGUGUGUGUGAGUCCGCUGUUCACAGUGUGCGGCUGGUGUCCAUGGGCCCGCGCAAUGUACGCCUGUAUGGUGCUCCUGUUACAGGCAGCGGUCAGCACUGCACUGACCUGUCACAGGGUCCCGGGACGGCUGAGGCAGAUUGACGCCAGCAACGGGCAGGUGUACGGGGUGGGCACCAACCGGAGGGGCUACACCUGGCUGGAGGGGCGCUGGGUGACCCUCCCCGGGAUCCUGGCCCACGUGUCGGUGGGGCCCACCGGGGUCUGGGCUGUCGGCCCUCAGCAGGAGCUCUACCGCAUGGUGGAGGGGAGGUGGGCCAUGCUGGCAGGGGCUCCUGUCCCAGAUCGACGCGGGCGGGCACCAGAUCGUGGUGGGGGUGGGACAGGUCCCCGCCAUGCCUUCUGCUCCAACCGGCAGGCCGCCGUCUCCGCCCGGGACUUCUCGAGCCCGGCCUACUCCCGGGUCCCCGGCCGGCUGAUCUACUACUCCUGUGGGCCGAUAUCCUGCUGGGGGGUGGACCCCUCGGGGAGGGUGAUGGUCCGGCUGGGCGUCCAGCCCCAGUGCUGUGUGGGGCGCAGCUGGCGCCGACUCCCGUCUCGCAUGGCGAUGCUGGAGGUGGCAUCGGACGGGACGGUCUAUGCCGUGAACCGCUCGGGACUCCUUUUCCGCAGGCUCGGCAUCUCUCGCUUUAACCCAGUGGGGUCCCACUGGAAGAAGGUGGACAUCGUGGGGAGAAGGUUCCGGCAUGUGACGGCCGACCUGGGGGCUAUCUGGCUGGUUGAGAGAAACGGCAAUGUUGUGCAUUGUAGCUGAUGGUUUUACCGUCUGAGGGAGCGCGCGAGGGAGCCCCCCCACCGCCCCACUCUGACCUCUCCGGCUUGGAUUCUCCAAUAAAUUGCCGCCAACUCGC